AUGCCUUCUAGUCAACUUUCUUCAACUCAAAGAAAGGCAAUUUCUUCAAAUAAUUUUCACAAAGGACUUGGGAAGACCGUCAGUGGAAUGCGAUUUCGGCUAUACAAUCUGAGCUCGGAUUGCCAAACUUCAGGUUCUACUACUCCGGAUUCUACAGGUUACCAAAAUGAUUACCAAUACGUAAAUAUAUCUAAAAAGGCUUCGCCAUACCAUCUGAUCAAGAUUAAUCCCCCUCUCAAGCAGACUUUAACUAGAAUAAAAUUGAGCCGUUCAGAGGACCGUUUUUACGGUUCUAAGCAGUCCCUACAUAAUAAAGCUUUGGGCUCCCAGUCUACCCAUUCGAAUCGGCUCUGGAUGGAGCAUGAGAUCUUUCGACUUACCAAAAUGUUUGGCAAUAAUUCUUGCACUCUCCAAGCUGAUAUAAGCAACCAAGACAGGCAAGGCCGAGAGAUUAUUGACACAAAAAUACAGAAAGUCGGUAGGAUGGAAACUAAUGCCUGCCUCCCAACUUCAGACCUAUUUACUACAUCAACGUCACAAUUGCAGAAUACACUGACAAAUGAGUUAAUUCAUGCAGCUCUGAAAUCACAACCGCAGCACGAAUGCUCAUUAGAGACAAAUGAAUUGGCAUUAGAUGGGAUGAAUAUCUAUCGCUUUUCCGCAUCUACGUCUCUUCAUGAAAAGCAUCUUUUUAAAUUUGAGGAUAUAAGCCAUUUUAAUGGCUCUCAGUUAACUUCCAGCUCUCUGAAAAAUAGACUGAGAAAGUGUAGCGCCGGUCACAUUGCAUCUAAUUGUGAUGAAGUUGAUGGAGAGUAUGAACGGAGCCCUACUAGUAUUCAUGACAAAACAAACUUUGGAAUCACUCACCGAUCAAAUUUAUUGAGAGAGAUUAAAGAUCAGAGCCAGAAAUUUCAGUCCUGCUCAGCUGUGGCUCCCUCGGACUUAGUUCAGCAUAAUCUACAAAAGCAGGUAGAUCGAGCAAAAUAUAUUAAAAUUUGCUCUUAUAUUUUAUGUGAUCACAAAUCAGAGCUCUAA